UGCAUCUGAAAGGUAUGAAACUCGCCCGCUCUCGAUCAACCCUUCUCUCCUAAAGAAGGAAGAUGAGCACAGGAGAUUCCACCGUUCAUCGCUCCCAGGUCUUGCUGGAGAUGCUGUGAUUAGAUUGCUAUUCUUUGCCAUCCUUGACGUUUGGAUUUUCCACUCGAAUAGAUAAGGCAAAAGAAACGUUAAUUCAUUUAUCCCAUCAUAUUUUUAUUUUUGUUAUUCUUUACUGCUGAAUUCAGUUAGAAUGUCAAAGUGUCCGAUUUUUUGGAGUCACUUUUAACUCGUCGUGAGAUCUGAGAUUUCUAAUUUAGACAAUUCAAAAAAGAAAAAAAAAAUGAGAGACAUUAUAGAAGAUGAGAAAAUGUAAAUUGGUGUAAAUUUAUUUAUGAAUUUCAUACUUUUGGAAGACAUUUUGUAUGAAAUUAUGUGUGUGCAUGUUCGAAUAGUUAGCGUUUUUAAUAUGAAUUGGAAAUUCAGUUAAGAUAAAUUUUGAAUUCAAAAGUGCAGAUCAAAUAAAAAAAAACAUUUUUAAGAUAGUAUUAUUUAUUUCUAAAACAUUCAUUGUACUAAUUUUAUUUAAAAAUAUGAAAACGGCUUAAGUUUUAAUUUGCUUGAUUCAAUGUUAUGAAGACAGUUUAAAUCCCACUUAAUUUUAAGACAUUAAGUAAAUUUUACAUCAGAUUUUAAAAGGAAAUUCCAUCUUCGGCUUUUAACUGAUACAAUAUCAUCUAAACGAUACUGAGUGAAACGACAGAAGAGAAUGAUCAUUUCGGAAGUAUUUGCUUUGUUUCAGUUGCUAUGGUGAAUGGUAAUAUUUAAUUCAAACAUUUCGCCUCAUAAAUAUAUGGUAAUUAAGAUCAAAUAUAAUCAGGAACUGCAACAAUAUCCAUUUCGUGCGUAAACCAAUAUCCAUUCAUUCAGUCAGCGAACUCAGAAACUUCUGCUGAAAUAACUGAACAGUUUAUUUCACGAUCUCAGCAUUUCGAAUAUAAUCACUCUUUUCCUGAAUGUGCUUAGUGUAUUUUGACUUACCUUUGGAAUACAACUUGAAAUAAAAGUGAAAGACUGUAUUUUGGAUUGCUUACAAUAUUGCCCAUCGUUUCAAAAUGACAACAAGCAGAGCUAGAGCAAGAGGCCGACGUGAUUGGAACUUAUGGCGAUGGACUGCUGUGUGCUUGCAAACUCUUACUUUUGAAUGUGUUUUGGUUUCGGUAAGGCAUGUUGAACCAGAUUUACUACAGCUGAGCUCAAGAGUGGUUACAACUCGCUAUGGUUCCUUACGUGGUUUCAUGAGUAAUUUGUCAAAUCGCCAACUUCAGCCAGUUGAAGUGUUUCUAGGCAUUCCGUAUGCCGGGGCUCCAAAGGGUCCUUUGCGUUUCAUGCCACCAGUAACUUCGCCACAUUGGAAGGGUGUCCGACUAGCUGACCAGUUUGGACCCGUAUGCCCCCAAAAGUUUCCAGAUAUUGCCAAUGAAACAGAAGCACUGCAGAAGAUGCCUCUCGGUAGAUAUCGAUAUUUAAAGAGACUUCUCCCUUAUCUGACCAAUCAAAGUGAGGAUUGUCUUUAUCUCAACAUCUAUGUACCGAGCUCUGUUAUUCGUGGGGCUUCAAAUCUUCCUGUUAUGGUAUAUAUACAUGGGGAAUCUUACGAAUGGAAUGCUGGGAAUCCUUAUGAUGGACGAGCUUUAGCAAGUUUUGGAGGCGUCAUAGUUGUUACAAUCAAUUACAGACUUGGAGUAUUAGGAUUCCUGCCGGCUGUGGAUCGAUCCGCACGAGGCAACUACGGCCUGAUGGACCAGGUGGCUGCACUCCAUUGGAUCCAAGACAACAUUCGGGAAUUCGGCGGGAACACGAGGAAUGUCACGGUCUUUGGACAAGGCUAUGGUGCUGCCUGUGUUAAUCUGCUUAUGCUCUCACCUAUGGCUAAAGGUCUAUUCCAGCGUGCUAUAAUGCAGAGUGGGUCCGCUCUGAGCUCAUGGGCCAUCGCGCGAGAUGCAAUCACUCAUACGAUGCACAUCGCCAGAAUCCUUGAUUGCCCCGUUCAAGACAGCAUUGCCCUGGUGGAAUGCAUGAGAAAGAAAAAGCUCGAGGACAUUAUGGGAGUGCAAAUACAAGUACCAGAUCAUUUAUCAGGCUUUGGACCAACCGUUGAUGGCAUAGUCUUACCCCAAGAUCCCGCUGACAUCAUGCAGAAGAGUACAUCUUUAUUCACGCAGUACGACCUCAUGUUCGGAGCUACCCGCGUCGAAUCGUACUUUCAUUUCACGGCAUUGGAGGAAAAGUUUGGAAUAGAUAGUGGAAGAAGAGACCGCCUCUUGAGAACACUUGUCAGAAAUCUUUACACAUAUCAUCUGCAAGAGAUAUUUCUAACAGUUGUUAAUGAAUACAUGGAUUGGUCUCGUUCAUUUCUGCAAGCAUUAGAUAUAUUUGACGGCACCGUCGAUGCUCUCGGAGAUGCUUUGGUAGUAGCACCGGUCAUAAGAGCCGGUACCUUCCACAGUGGCGGAAUACCACGUGAAGAUGCAUACCCAUCCCCAUCCUUACAACCUGCAAGUAAAGGGAAGAAGAGUUUCUUCUACAUUUUUAAUCAUCAGUCAGAAUUCGCUGACUAUGCCACAAGGUUAGGAUGCAUACAUGGGGAAGAUCUGUCUUAUGUAUUUGGUGCCCCCUUAGUGGAUACGUUGUCACAUUUCACAACUAAUUAUACCAGAGCAGAAACUACAUUGUCUGAAAUUGUCAUAACAUAUUGGACAAACUUUGCCAAAUACGGUGAUCCAAAUGCAUCUGGUCACAACGGUGAAGUCCACAUGGACAAUGUUCGCGGACGUUACGAAAGAAUUGUUUGGCCACCAUAUGAACCGAUUCAUCAAAAGUAUAUCAGUAUAUCCAUGAAGCCCAGAAUACGUGACCACUACCAUGCCCACCGCCUCUCCUAUUGGCUGAAUCUGAUACCACGCCUCCACGACUCUGGUGAUGGGAACACUUCUAUACAGCACCACCGUCUCCACGAUCACGAUAACCCAUACAGCUACGAUGGAGUGGUCAGACACAGGGACAAUUCAGGAAGUCUCUAUCCGGCCUUCACCACCCCCUUCCCCGAAGAGGAGAGGGUCCAAAUAGUGGAACCACAGCCCAAUGAGACGUCGAGGAACGUUAACAUAACAGUGAAAAUCGAAACGGAAGUGGUCCCAGUCCAGGAAAAGCAUCCUCUAGGGAACUUGACCAAGACGUCCAGUGAAGAUCCAGCUGUGUAUUCGACAGCCCUUAUCGUUACAAUAGCUGUCGGGUGUUCCCUGCUGGUACUCAACGUCGUCAUAUUUGCUGGUAUCUACUAUCAGAAGGAGAAGGACAGUCUGGAGAAAAAACUGCAAAAGACAUAUUACGAGGAACGUCGAAGUGAAGAAGACGAAGGUCAUCCAUCUGGUGAGAAGCCUUUUCUUGUGAAGGACCUCUCGUCUUCAAUGAUGCUCAACCAGUACUGCCCACCUGCGGAAUUCGAUGGCAGCCAGACUUUGGACCUAGUGCAACCAAGCAAAGCCAAACACCAACAGUACCAGGCAGCUGGGAAAGGACCGGAAGGAUGUGAAGCUCAGUUUCAUCUAGGCCCAAGGUUACCCCAAGGUGAAAGGGAAAUAGGCAUUCGAGAACCACUCUUGUCGACUUCAAAGCAGCAUGCAAUUACAGCUAAAGUGGACUGUUUGCAGGCUUGGGAGCAUCCAGCGCAAGAGAUGACCGUGUAAGUGGUUCUGCAAAUGUCUCUCACAUAUAUCGGAGAAGGUUUGGCAUAGACGGUCGCAGCUAGGAUACAAAUUACUUCCCACCAAAUCACUCUUCCUUUUCAAGUAUUUCAUGUGUUGCGCGAAUGUUUUUUGUCGUCAAUAGGCAUCUAAUUUGCUCAUUCUUCUGAAUCCGGAGCAAGGACAGACUUUUAUAGCGGAUGUGGGGGAAAAAAUCCACAAUUUUUGUUGAAUGGAAAUAAUUACACCCAUUCCGCCCAUGGUUGGAAACCUUUACUUAAUGGAAGUCAUUUUGUGAAUUUGUUGUCUUUUACUGUGAUGAUGGAAUAUAAAUAAAGUUGAUAUUUUUUGAAAA